AUGUACGGUCAAGUGGUAAUAGGACCUCCUGGUCUGGGAAAAUCAACUUAUUGUUUUGGAAUGUAUCAAUUUUUAUCAGCAAUUGGAAGAAAGCUGAGUAUAAUAAAUCUAGAUCCUGCAAAUGAUAGACUACCAUAUCCAUGUGAAUUAGAUAUACGAGAUUAUAUAGAUUUAGAAACAAUAAUGGAAGAAUAUCAAUUAGGACCUAAUGGUGGAUUAAUGUAUGCAUUGGAACAAUUAUCUGAAGAAGGUUUAGAAACAUUUAUGGAUCGAAUUAAUAAAUUAUUACAAGAUAAAAAUUAUUUAAUAUUUGAUUGUCCUGGUCAAAUUGAAUUAUUUACUCAUCAUAAUUCAUUAUAUCAAAUAUUUCAUAAAUUAACUAAAGUAUUGAAAGUAAGAUUAUGUGUUGUGUCUUUGGUUGAUUCAAUUUAUUUAACAAGUCCAUCUCAAUAUAUUUCAAUAUUAUUAUUAACUUUAAGAUCAAUGUUACAAUUAGAAUUACCACAGGUCAAUGUUAUAAGUAAAAUAGAUAUGUUAAAAGGUUAUGGAGCUCUACCGUUUAAAUUAAAUUAUUAUACAGAAGUACAAGAUUUGGAAUAUUUAACUCCUCAUUUAUUAAAAGAAUCAAAUUCAAUAUUGGGUAAAAAAUAUGUUAAAUUAACAGAAACUAUAGCUGAAUUAGUUGAACAAUAUCAUUUAGUUGCAUUUGAAGUUUUAUUUGUUGAAGAUAAAAAGAGUAUGAUUAAUUUAUUAAGUAUAAUAGAUAAAGCUAAUGGAUAUAGUUUUGGUAGUGAAAUUGGAGGAGAUUCUAUUUGGAAUGAAGCAAUACGGCAAAGUGGUACUAAUCCUGAUGGUUAUCAAGAUGUUGAUAUACAUGAAAGAUGGAUUGAUGAAAAAGAAAGAUUUGAUAAAGAAGAAGAAGAAGCUAAAAGAAAUCAAAUGAAUGAAAAUAUGGAAAUGGAUGAUGACUCUCGACCUUUAAAUGAAGAAGAAGAAUGGGAAUCAGCUUUAAAAGAUUGGGAAAGUAAACGAGGAGGAACAGGUGCAAGGAAUAGGUGA